UGUGUUGUGAAGUGAUCGUAUGCAGGUUGAGUUUUCAUGAAGUUUUGUGAUUUUAGCACCGACAUAAGAAUUAUGUCGACUCAAAAUGGGUAAUUUUUCAAUGCUAGUGAAGUUUAGUGCGGCACUUCUUUCCUACCUUUUGGAUUAUACGCAAGCCGAUAACGACUUACGAGUAUGUAUUGAAGGACAAGAAGGAUGCAAGAGAUGUAGAGAUGGAACAUGUGCAAGAUGUGCAGUUCUUUUACAUCGAGGUACCUGUGUCGAUACUUGUCCACCAGGCCAUGUUGCAGAUUGGUCGACUAGGGAUGAGUACAUGGGCAGAAUUUGUAAGGAAACAGGAUAUAUGUUUGGAUUUACUGGUAGUCAAGUAGCCAUUUUGGUAGGAGUUAUUUCUGGUGCAUCUAUAUGUAUUCUAAUCAUAUUAUGUGGAGCUAUAAUUGUGCAUAGAAGAAGGAAAAAUGCUGCUAAAUUGAUCCAACAAUUUGAAGACAGUGCAGAAAGAAGAGAAUUUUUAAAACAUCUUGCAAUGCUCAGGGCAGAAGGCAAUACAUUUCUUUCUAUGCUCAAUGAUACUAGAAGACAAGUUAGAGAGUUGUAUUUCUCUGGAAAUAAUGGAGAUGGUGCUAUAAGCUUUCUUUUAUCAAUUAUAAUUUACAGACCAGUUUUGCGUGACUUGGCAAGGAUAUUAGUUCUUAUCAAUAGAAGGGAUGAUGAAGUACCAAUUCCUCCAGAUGAUUGGCAAAGACUUUUUUCAUGGGCAGAAAGACUAUUAAGACGGUAUAAAAGGCACAGUUCUCCUGAAGUGGCUCAACUUGUAACAUUCUUGAAACAACCAACAGCAUCUAUACAAAUGAAUGCACCACAACAAGUAACAAUCACACAAUCACCUCAGCCUUAUGAACCAAGAACCACUCCAACUAAUCUGACUACAUUCCAAGCAAAUGUACCACUUACAACAUUUCAAGCAAGUGACAAAUCAAGUAUCAGUCCUGCAAGUUCCAGUCUGGGAUAUGUAAAAGAUAGUCCUGUGAGUUCCAGUCUUGGACAAAAUAGCUCUGGAGCUUAUAAUGAAAAACUUAGCCCAAAUGGAUCUAGCAUAGGACAAACAACACCACUAGUAUAUGACAACCAAAAACGUCUGAAGUCAUCAAAUGCACAUUUUCAAGAGCUUGCUAUUGCAACUUUCAAUGAUAAUUUUAAUAAUGGUGCAACUUUAACAGAAUCCACAUGUGCAAUAGAUGAGUGCGAAGCAAAUGGACUUGAUCGGGAAUUAAACCCUCAAUGGGAAUUUCAAAGUAGUACAGAGGCUGCUAACUAUACCAUUUUAUCUGAUUGGUCACCUGCUCGUGAAUACCUCAUUGAUGAUUUUACAAUUCUUGGUUUCCGACCACAAGAUGAAAUAACUACAGAACUGUAA